AACAGUACGGAAAUAAAUUGUGUUAAAAAAUGAAAGCCCACUUUAUUCGCAAUACGUUUGAUCAGUGAUCGACCAGCUCUGCAAAGUGUUGGCAAAAGGGUGGCGCUUGCGCUUGUACGAUCCCCUAGCAAUCGUUCAUGUUGCGUACGACGAGCUGGCAUCGCAAUCACCCCGUUCUGUGUCAUUCAUCGUGCGUCAGGUGCGUUUUUUCGCUGUUUGUGGGGCGUUCCGACAGAACAAGCAAUGCGAUCUUGAAAAGGCUAUUCGGGACGGAACAUUUGUGCAUGAUGGUCGUGCGCUCGUAUUAGACGGCGAUCAUUUGUGUCGGUAUCGUUUAGGUGCAUCCACCAGAGAGUGAAUCAACCCGAUGGAAACUUCGUUGCACAAUUGAUUUUUCGUGUUUUUGCACCAUCCAGGUAUCACUCCGUGUGGGUGGGUAGAACGAAUCGAAAACAAACAAACUUUUUCACUGCAGUCUGGGCAGCGGUUAGGAAAUAAUUGCACCGUUAAAGCAAGGUCAAGCGAGCAGCGUCGUGAGCCCGUGGACGUUUGGUAUUUUGCUUCGUUAAGCAAGUGUAGCCAAAAAAAGCACAGGCCACACGAUGGAAGAAAAACUGUUCACCAGCGUCGAAGAGGAGUGCGUGUACUGGAAGGAGCGCUGCCUGAAGGUGUCACAGGAGCGGGAUGAUGCGCAGCGUGAGUUCGAUGACUUCACCGCCGAAUCGCGUCAACUGGAGGCCGAGCUGGAGAUGACGGUCGAGCAGCAGGAGAAAAAGAUCCGCGAUCUGAACCAGCUGGUGAACCAGCUGCACACGGAAAAUGAGUCCUACAAGCGGAAGAUGCAGUACACGGAAAACGAAACGAACAAAAUCGAUGCGGACUAUCGGAUUCUAGCGAAGGAGAACGAAAAGUUGAAGAUAUACAUACGCGAACUUGAGCAGAAAAAUGACGAUCUGGAGCGAGCGAACCGGGUGGCCAGUGAAAGUGUGGCCGAGUUCGAAUCGAUGCUGAACCAAGCGUACGAAAAGAAUGCCUUGCUCGAGCUGGAGGUGGAUGAGAAGGAGCGGAUGCAAAUUAAGCUGCAGCGAUUGAUGGAUGAGGCGCGCGAUUUGAAGCAGGAACUGAAGGUGCGCACCUUAAAACCGGAGGAACACGCAGGAGAAAAGUUCGGGGAAAAUUCGGUGGAAGGCGAGGUAGAUGUAAGCCAGCACGAGCCAGGACCGAAUGAAAGUACGACGACGAUUGCCACGGCGGUCACUUCCGGUACAAGCACUCAGCUGAAUAACGUUAGUUUCGGUGAUGGUUCGGAAACAGAACUGGCUGGGACUAAGCUGGAAACAUUGAAUAACAAUCUAAACAGCAGCAAACAGUCCCUGCUAGUCAAGGGAAGUACGGGAAAAUUGAACGAUGUUGGGCGUGACACGAAAACCGAAGGUGACAAAACGUUGGCCGAUGUUGUUGGGGAUGGUUUGUCGAAGGGCACGUUACUGCUAUCCCCCGGCAGUCAGCUCAUAAUGGAACGCAAUGGAAAUAAUGCACCAACUACGGCCCUUGUGUCCAGCACUCCCUCAAGCCUAAGUGGAGUGAAUGCACCGAUGGCACCGAGCGACCGUGUGUCAACGUUGAACAUUGUGGCCGAUUUGCUCCGGCGGCUGGAUAAUAUGGAAGCUAAGCUGAAGGCUUGGAAAAUACACAAACCUUCAUCGCGAACAAGUAAGGGGAUUCCGUCGGACCGUGCAGGUUCUGCUAGCACGAUGACGUCGACCACGACGACGGAAAGGACGGGCGCUCACGGUAGUCUCAAUCAUCAUCACAACCACCAGCACCACCGACAGUCGCUACACAACAACCGCGAGACCGCGUCCAGUCUACACCAUAGUGCGCACGCCGGUUCAGGACUUUCCUCGACAGCGAGCAGUCACCAUCUCACAAACAACUCGCAUCUACACAAUCACCAUAGCAACAGUUACCAAAGCCAUCUGCACCAUCAUCACCAUCACGCCGACAGUAAUCUUUCCCUCAAUUCGCUCGGUUCGGGCACGAGUGGAGACGGUGCGACACUGGGCGGCGGUGCGGCAAACUGCUGCGGCAUGAGCAGUGGCAACGUGCAGCUUCACUCUUACCAACCGACCACCAUCACCAUUGGUACGCAAACGCCCCAAACACACCACCAGACUGCUUCCUCCCCCAAGGUGGAGCUUCUGCGAACGAACAAGUGAACCAUUUCCCGCUUCCCCAAACAAAAAAAAAAGCUGCGAGUCUGUCGUCCUUCAAAACCAUAAAACGAUCGGAUUUCUUGCCUUUGGCGUGAAACGGACCAGGCGGCACCCAGCGCGACAUCCUUUCAUAAACACAAACAAACCGCCGGACGGGAUGUGUCUGAGCAGCGGGGCUUUCAGAAAAACUCGCCACUUGGUUAGAGUUUUUGAAUUCUUUUCUUCUUGCAUAAGAAAACAACACGGUCGUGAGAUAUUUAAGUUAUUUAAUGUACUCUGCGAUGGCACGAUUCACGUCCGUGUCGAGGUGGAAAUAGGGUU